GUCAGUCCAGCCGCACUUCAUAUCUAUUCAAACACCGUGCUGGUGGAGACAGCUUAGCUCAUAAAGGUUUCUUUCAACUGGACGAUUCACGUGAUAGUUUUUUUUUGCCUUAUUAGCGCUUCGACGGUUUUCAUUCUCCUGAAAAAGCGCUAUUUAGAUUGGUAUAUUCUAUCUAAGCAACAGUUUUUUUCUUCGUUUCAUUAACUAGAUUCGUUUUUCCCCCCCAAAUACUUUUAAGAGGCACCGCUGUUCUGCUUUUCCAUAGGUGAAAAAUGAAAACCAAGUUUAUAAACGGGGUGUCGUCCUCUCCUUCGCUGUCCCUGGGUUUGCUGGUAACUGAAAAUGAGCUGCACGUCCAGCCCGACACCGAGACUGAGUACAAAGAUGUUCUGCGGCCCGAGGAACCAGACCUGCAAACCAGACACAAGGCGUAUCUGUGGUGCAGGGAAUUUCUCCACGGUGCAUGGAAAACCGUAACCGAAGAUGAUUUCCAGAUAAGCAUAAUCAGGGGAGGCCUUAGCAACAAGCUUUUUCUGUGCGCGUUGCCUGACGGCCAGGACAGUGUCGGCGAUGAGCCCAGUUGUGUGUUGCUGCGGCUCUACGGGGCCAUCCUCCAGAUGUCCUGUAAUAAAGGGGAGACAAGAAAGUCAAACAAAGAGAAUUUCUUUCAAGGUGCCGAAGCCAUGGUGCUGGAGAGCGUCAUGUUUGCCAUCCUGGCAGAGAGGGAGCUGGGACCUAAGCUCUAUGGAAUCUUCCCCCAAGGGAGACUCGAGCAAUUCAUCCCUAGCAGGAAACUGGAAACCAGUGAGCUGUCUGUUGCGAGCCUAUCAGCUGAAAUAGCCCAGAAGAUGGCCAGGUUCCAUGGGAUGAGGAUGCCUUUCAACAAGGAGCCUAAGUGGCUUUUUGGCACCAUGAACAAGUACCUGAACCAGGUGCUGAGAAUCACCUUCACUAGAGAGGGUCACAUAAGGACUUUCACCCGCCUCAUGAGCUUCAACCUGCCACAGGAAUUGGAGACGCUCAAGUCGUUGCUGCAGUCCACCCCAUCUCCUGUUGUGUUUUGUCACAAUGACUGUCAGGAGGGCAAUAUCCUGCUUCUCAAAGGUCGAGAGAACUCCGAUGGACAGAAGCUCAUGCUGAUCGACUUUGAAUACAGCAGCUACAACUACCGUGGAUUUGACAUUGGAAACCACUUCUGCGAGUGGAUGUACGACUAUACAUACGAUAACUUCCCAUUCUUCAAAGCCAACCCAAAGAACUACCCCAGCAAGGCACAGCAGCUGCAUUUCAUCAGCAGCUACCUCUCUGAGACGGAUGAUGGGCUUGAGAAUUUGAGUGAGGAAGACCAGAUGGAACUCAAGGAGCAGAUGCUCGAAGAAAUCAACAGGUUUGCCCUGGCAUCUCACUUUUUCUGGGGCCUGUGGUCCAUUAUUCAGGCAAGAAUAUCCACAAUUGAGUUUGGCUACAUGGAGUACGCAGUGGCGCGGUUUGACGCCUACUUCGCACUGAAGAGGAAGCUGGGGGUGUAAGCAGGGUGAGGGGAAGAGGCUGCAAGGGCAGGGCAGAGCAUUUUGAACCAAGUCAAAGUGAGCUGCAGGAGUGGGCCUUAAGGAAUGUCCCCCUCCCCCAUCGCGAGGAAGCGUCUGCAUGUAGGAAGGAAUAGGAGCAGAGAAAGCCCCACCCCCCGCUCGUCCUUCGCUGUGCAGCCUAGCUCAGUGUUUACAGAGACCCGUGGCCUGCUCCACAUACUCCGCGCUUUCUGCUGAAAUGGGGUCAGGUUGCUUCUGGGUCAGUUCAUGAAUAUUCCUUCGGCUUCAAAAAGGUCACAAAAAAGAUUGUGUAUCGGUUGAGUAACAGUAAAAACUUAAAGCGUGAAGAUGCGUAAUUUUUACUUUAGCUAAUGCAUUAAUAUGUAUGGAUGAAAGACCAAACAUGUUAAAUUCUGCUUAAGUGUUGGUUUUCCAUACCUGUGAUCAUCAGGCUUGAUUUAUCACCAGACCAAAUACAACAAUUAAUACUUUGUACCUGUUUUUCAUUGAUGAUAUAUAUAUAUACACACACACACCAACUGUUAGUCCUUUUUUGUGAGCCAUUUUUCCUUUUAUGUGACACUUGCUAUAAAAAUGUGAAUUGGAAUUACGUGGCUUUAAGCCAUCUACCUCCAUGAUCAGUUGGAAACUCCCUGCUGCCUUGUAUUAAACAGAAGCGGAGAUGUACGCAUGUGAAGUUUAAAAAAAAAAAAAAAGAAAAAAGAACCUUGCCAACGUUUGUUUCCUGCAUAGGUUGCAGACACAAUGAUCAGUGUUUGUUGGCAGUGUUGGUCAUAUUCUGUAGGCCAGCCUUCAGCGCGAACGGUCCUCUGUAGACAAAUGCAAAACCUACUGUUUUGUAUUGUUAAAACACUGCUGUUCUGUAAGGGACCAGAAACUGUCGCACACUGUGAGGUUUUCAGAGUUAAUUUUGACACGUGGAUUGAGGUGACAUCUCAAGUGCCAAACUGAAUUUCCCUCCUGAAAGGUUUGUAACACUUACUUGAGCCAGGGAAGCAAAGAUCUGACGGUGCCUUGCCUGGUGGCUGCAGAUUUGACACUCUUGGAAAUCGCUGGAGUUUUAUUCUGGGUAAAUGUGACGGAAAAGGGUUACUUAUAACCUAUGCAUAGUUAUACUUACACUUAAGUUUUUAGCAUCUUAUUUUUGUGCUUUUUGUAUUCCUUUUUUUUUCUGUGUGAAUGCAAAUCAUACUUGCAUUUCUGUUUUUUGAUGACAGUGUAAGUCUCUUAGUGCCAUUGGCAAGAAUGCCAAAUGUGUUUUCUGCUAUUUGUUUUACAGUUUGACUAAAUGUAUUCCUCUCCUGAAAAUUAGUAAUUUGUUUACUCUGCACUUUAGUAAUAUGAGAGGUUAACUGCAGAAAGGUUUUAUUUAUUUUUUUUUUCCAAUUUUUUUUAAUUUAGACCAUUUGGUACGUACUGUAAUUUCCUUCAACAUGGCUCUAAAUUGUGGGGGGAGUAAAAUCCCAUUUCUCUGAUGCACUUAAUGUUUGCAGUGUUGUGACUCUUCCAUUUCUGUAUAAUUGCUUUGCAGUGAGGCAGCAGUGAGGAACUAUAGUGUGGUGAUAAAACAGGAACAGAAUGUGGAAUUCAUCAGUUUCUAAGCUGAAAAUAUGCAUUAUCCUGAAUUGACCUAAAUACUCUGUGGGAGAUGACUUCAUGCAUACAGCUAUGCAGAUUAGAUUAACUGCAUUUUGAAAAGUUUAUUAAAGGAGUAUUGCCUUUAAAAAUAUGCCACUAUAGUGUAUCUUUACUGUUUUGCAAUUCCUGCAAUAAAAUACAUUCUCACGGACUGAUAA